GUUGAUGUCUGCUAAAAUUCAGACUAUUCUGGACACUCCUGCUAAUCACUGCAUGAUUUAUCUCGCACCGCGGCAAACCAGAUAUUGUUCUGCUCAACUCCCCGCCUUUCUCCCCCACAGAUCCCUCCUUUUGCUAAGACCAUACAUGUCACAUUCCGGUCAAGGCAAACAUCAUGGACCGAUUCUCCUUUCCGGUGCGACUCUUUCCUAUUUGCUGUUGUUGCCCCUUCUACCUUUCUGACUCUUGUAGAACGCGGUUGCUAUGGCUGACGCUGACGUCGCUGCAGAUGUUGUGAAUGACAGCUGUUCACCUCGUGCAUUCCUGCAU